CUGACUUUGGGGGCCAGGAGACAGCCAAGAUGCUCAGCUGGAAGCUACUGGGGAUCCUGGUCCUUUGCCUGUACACUGGAGGCAUAUCAAGCAGUGGAGACCACCUCUCUCCCACACCCACAGAGGUUGGACAGGAGGAGGGUUCCCCAACAUUGCCUCAGGGUGCCCCAAUCCCCGGUGACCCCUGGCCAGGGGUACCCCCUAUCUUUGAGGACCCUCCGCCUCCAGGCCCCAGUCGUCCCUGGAGAGACCUGCCUGAAUCUGGAGUCUGGCCACCUGAGCCUCCUAGAACUGAUCCGCCUCACACUCCUCUGCCUGAUGAUCCCUGGCCAGCAGGAUCCCAGCCUCCAGAAAACCCCUGGCCACCUGCCCCUGAAAUGGACCAUAGGCCUCAGGAGGAGCCAGACCUUGAUCCACCCCGGGAAGAGUACAGAUAACCAGAUGCCCCGAGAAGCCACCCAAGCCUGUCUCUACCCUCUGAUUCCCCUGAAUUCUCCCUGUCUUCAUUCCCUCAAUUGUAUUCUGAACACCAAAGGUGCACUCUCAAUAUUUUCUAUCCCCUUCUGAGAUCCAUACUUGGUCCCCACAUUUCCCUUUGUUUUUUCUCUGACAGCACAAACAUACAUUCUAACCUUGGUCCAGUCAUGUCAUCUCCACCUCCUCUUCCACCCUGGGGCUCCUGGGACCUGCUGCACUCCCCCCCACUCCCCCACCCCCACCUCACCCCUCUGUGUUCUCUGCUGCCACCUGGUGGUCUACUGCUGGGAACCUUCGGGAGACGGUGCUUCCAUGAAAUGAACAAAAAAAACCCGUUUUCUAGGCUGCUUCUUGCCGGUGAUUAGGUCCCUCCUCAUAGUCACACACCUACAGAGAUGUGGAUGUAAUCUGAGUUCCUGGUUUACCAGUAUGCAUCAGGACGUGGAGCUCAGUCGCAGGGGGGUUAGAAAUGAAACUCAGCGUUUCAAGGGCGUUCAGACCCACAUUUACAGAUUUCUGGACCCUAAUUUUGAAGAAUGAGAAGUCAAGUGAAGUCUCUAUUCAAUACCUCAUCCUUUUUGCGUACCCCUGGUGAGACAUGGAAACAUUCCCAGGGGCAUGUGCACAGGACCAAGUUUUAAGGGGAUCAAUUAUCAUAAAUAUAUGUUCCUGUUUUCUAAAAUAAAUCUGUUGGAGAACUUGUUCUCCUUCAUACCUACCUCCAGUCACAAAUCGCCCUUCUACAAGACAGAGAAAGUCUGAGCUCUCUCACCCACCCAGAACCUGACCAGAGAGCUCUUCCCGGAGCCACCAAACUGAAAUUGACGGGAAUAGAAAUCAGCUUUUGCCAACUCAAUGAGAGAUGCAUUUUAAAUAAAAGUUUGUUCUA